AUGAGAAGAAUAUCGCUGUACAUCAACAAGGAGAAUGUGAAACGGGCGCUUUACGAGCUGGGCAAGCUCAAGCUGAUACAGUUCGUUGAUCUUAACGCGCACUUGAAGAAUGAGCAGCUGCCGUACAACAAGGAGAUCCUGCACUACGAGAAGCUGCGCAGCAAGAUAAACUUUCUGAUGGGAGAGAUUGAGGCGUACGACAUGGAGGUGCACAGGAACGAGCACGUAUUUGACGAAGACGCGAUAGAGCGGCACUUCAAUCGGCUGCUUGAGCUCAAGAGCAUACGUGACGGUGCGCAGGAGCAGCUCACCAAUCUGAGCGAGAACCUGUUCAUUCUGGAGGAGAUGAAGGAGCACGACUUCUCCUCCUCAUCGUGCCUCACCGGUAUAAUUGACAAUGACAAGGUGCUGCUGCUCAGGCGCAUCCUCGAGAGCGUGCUCAAGAACAACCUCGUGAUACACAUGAAAACGGGCAGACGCACCGUGUUCGUGAUAUUUACGCACGGCGAGGAGGCAUUCGAGAAGAUAAAGAAGAUCUGCGUGUCGUUCAACGCACGCAUCUUCAUGAUGAAGAGCGAGGAAGAGCAGUCCGAGAAGCAGCCGAAGAACGAGGACAACGAAAAGAAGGACGAGGAGCAAAAGGAGGAGAACAAGGACAACAACAAGGGGGAGGAACAUGAGGACGAGAAUCAAACGAACAUCCUGCGCGUGACAGCGCUCAUCCAGCAGUACCAGCACGUGCAUGCCAACAAUGAGAACAGCAUAAAAAACGAGCUCGGAACAAUUGCACAGCACAUCCACACGUGGAAAUACAAGACACGCCAAGUGCUGCGCAUUCUUAAGACGCUCAACCGGUUGAGGGAGAGCACCGCAUUUAUUGGCGAGGGCUACGUGCCCGAGUCGAAGUUUCCGGUGUUUCAGAACGCCGUUAACACAAUCUGCGAUGCGCACGGGCGUAUCGCGUACGAAGAGCAGGUGCGUACGGGCGGUAACCUUGAGGUGAGUGUGCUCGUGACGGGUAAUAACAAGAAGAGAAGGCAGAAGAGGAUGAAUGAGCGGGAGAUACGAAGGUUGAUGAAAGGAGAGGGUAGCAACGGAGAGAAUAGGGAAAAUAAGAUAGAGGAUGAGAGGUACCUUGAAGUGGAUGGCACGGGGAGCAGUGGACGGGCCAGGGAGAGGAGUGCUCCUGACAUUGAAAGUGAUGGGGAGAGGAGCUCAGAUGCACAGUUGGAUGGUAUGAGCGAGGAGAAGGGUGGAGUGGCGUGUACCACAGAUCGCAGCGCAGAGCAGCGAGAGAAGGCCAGGGAUGUGAAUCAGGCCGAUGAUGCGGAGAGCGAUGCGUCCAAUUCAAGCGGAGAGAAAACGCACAAAAACGGAGAUAAAACACGCCCAAGUGGUGGCAACGUUCAACACCGUACCGACCAGUACGAGCAAACCAGGAACAAACGCAGGAGCACAAAAAUCGAUUCCGAUCUCCCACACAAAACUGAAAACUCAUCGCUCAGCAACUCGAUGGAGGACAUCCACGCAGCAAGAGCACAAAACGAGGAUCACAAAGUGCAAGAAAACGAAAUGCCGCCCACGUUCUUCCGCACAAACAUUUUCACACGGCCGUUCCAGGAGAUGAACGAUGUGUACGGCGUGCCAUCGUACCGCGAGAUAAAUCCGGCACCGUUCACCAUCAUCACCUUUCCAUUUCUGUUCGGUGCCAUGUUUGGUGACGUGGGGCACGGCCUGAUCCUGGUGCUGAUAGCGGUGCUGUUCAUAAGACGGCCCGAGCUUGCGCGUGUGCACGAGAUGGUAGAGAUGGUGGUGAAUGGCCGGUAUAUGCUGCUUGCGUGUGGCGUGAUGAGCAUGUACUUUGGGCUGCUCUACUCUGAGUUCUUCGGCGUGGUGAUGCCGCUGUUCAAGUUUGGAGGUGUUACGUACUUUGGGGUUGACCCGUCGUGGCACGAGGCGAAGAACGGCAUGAACCUGAUGAACUCGCUCAAGAUGAAGAUGAGCGUGGUGAUUGGCACGGUGCACAUGGGCCUGGGACUGUGCCUGGCAGCGUUUAACACGGUGCUCACCCGUGACAAGCUGCUGUUCUACUGCAAGGUGCUGCCACGCAUUCUCUCGUUUGCGUGCUUCGCGGGCUACCUGAGCGUGCUCAUUGUUGUGAAGUGGAUACGUCCGUUCAAGCCGAGCAUCAUCAACACCAUCGUGCUGAUGUUCACCGAUCCGUUCAAGGCCGAGUUCUUCUAUCCGGGCCAGCUGUACGUGCAGCUGUUCAUGCUUGCGCUGUUUGCGGUCUGCAUGCCGUGGAUGAUGGUGUCGUAUCCGAUCAUGCUGUUCAUCAAGCACAAGCGGAAGAACCUGUCCGAUGUCAUCAUACAUUUCGGGAUAGAGGCCAUUGAGUUCAACAUCGGUCUCAUCUCCAAUAUCAGCUCGUAUUUGCGUAUCUGGGCGGUGUCGCUCGCGCAUUCCCAGCUCACCGGCAUUAUACACAAGUAUACGAUGGGGAGUGCGAACGUGAUUGUAAGGAUUGUGAGCGCACCUGUGUGGCUGCUUGCAACGAUGGUGCUUAUGGUAGCGCUUGAGGGGCUGAGCAGCUCGUUGCAUGCCAUGCGGCUCAAUUGGAUUGAAUUUAAUUCGAAGUUUUACGAUGGACAGGGCAAUCCGUUCCAGCCCCUUAACUUCGAUGAGGACAGCGAUGUGUAA